AUGGUUUUUAAAAAACGACUAUUUGCAGCUUACCUGGUGGCCGGUGCCUUGCUUAUCUUUUUGCUUUACGGUCUUAACAACUAUUACGCGUUCCAUCAUUAUUACGGUCUAGAAGCUGCAGGAAGUCCUGAUAUGAGUAUUGGAGUUACACCGCCAGACCCAUUCCCUAAGGGCAAGCCUGAUUUCCGCAAAAAGGAAAGUAGGAAUGAAAAAUAG